AUGGAAGAAGCUGAACUUUGCUUUCCACAGCUCCUCAACACCUCCUGCAGGAAGCCGAAGCCUCCUCAGUCUGGGACUCUGCUCCUUUACCUCCUGCUGUUCUUCAUCUCUGUGCUCACUGCCACUCUCAACCUGCUGGUCAUCAUCUCCAUCUCCCACUUCAGUUGCAGGCAGCUCCACUCACCCACCAACCUCCUCCUCCUCUCUCUGGCUGUCUCAGACUUCUUUGUGGGCCUCCUGGUGAUCCCCAUUGAAGUCCUCAUGGCGGUGACCUGUUGGGUUCUGGGUGACCUGAUGUGUGCUCUGUAUUUCUUCCUACCUGUAACCCUCAUCUCUGCCUCUGUGGGCAGCAUGGUGCUCAUAUCAAUGGACCGUUAUGUGGCCAUCUGUGAUCCUCUGCAUUAUCCCAGCAGAGUCACUUCUAAAGUUGUCAUCAUUAGUGUUUGUCUGUGUUGGAUCUGCUCUGUUAUCUACAGCGUUGUCCUUUUAUAUCAUCACCUGAAACAACCGGGCAGGUAUAAUUCCUGCUAUGGAGAGUGUCUGGUUGGCGUUGCAGGAGAUUUGGACCUCGCUGUGGCCUUUGUUAUUCCCAUUUCUAUCAUUGUGAUUCUGUAUCUGAGAGUGUUUGUGGUGGCGGCCGCUCAGGCUCGUGCCAUGCGCUCUCAUGUUACAGCCGUUAAACUCCAGCUUUCAGUGACUCUAACAAAGAAAUCGGAGCUGAAGGCAGCCAGGACUCUGGGUGUUCUUGUUGCUGUGUUUCUGCUUUGUUACUCUCCAUAUUACUGCCUUUCUCUCUCAGGCUCUGACAUCUUGUAUGGUUCUCCAACUGAAGCCUUGAUGAGCUUCCUGAUGUACUUUAACUCCUGUCUGAACCCUGUGAUCUACGAGCUUCCUGAUGUACUUUAA